AUGUCCGUACGUUCCGAUACUUUUUUGGGGGGAAGGGGCUCGCGUGUGCCGAGCACCGGUUUUAAUUCCCAAUGUGCUAAAACCCAUGCAUAUCAAAGAGGUGCUGACGGGGGUUUCAUGGGGAGGAAAAUAUACUGCCAGCCGGUUCCGCUAUAUUGUUGUUCUCUGCUUUUUAUGCAAUGGUAUCCAGUGACCCUCAUGGACGCAAGUUUCCUCGUCACCGCCAUCACAAAGCAAAAAAAAUUAGAAAAGAUAGGGCUCCAUUCAGAUCAUCAUCACGAUUUCUCCCAUAUGGCGCACAUGCGUCUGAUAUUUCCCCGGCACGUUAUAUUCCCCGUCAAUGAGCUCAAUUAA